AUGGAUGAAUUCAAUAAGAAAUCGAAAUUGUUCCAAGAUUGGUUGAUUAAAAACAACGUUGAAAUUUCCCCUAAAAUAGCAAUUCAUGAUUAUCGUGACACCAAUCAGGGCCGAGGAAUAAUUGCCUUGCAAAAUAUUAAUCCAGAUGAAAUGAUAUUUAAAUUACCUCGUUCCAUUGUAUUGAAUAUUGACAAUAAUUCAUUAAUUAAGCAAUAUCCACUGGCUUUGAAGAAAUUGAGAUUAUUAGAUCAAUGGAUUGGAUUAAUCAUUGUAUUAAGUUUUGAAAUGAAAUUUAAAUUUAACCCCAGUGAUAAUGAUGAUAAUAACAACAGUUUUUGGUAUGAAUAUUUGAAUAUUUUACCUAAUGAUUUCAAUCAAUUAAUUUAUUGGAAUGAUGAAGAAUUAAAUCAUUUACAACCAUCAUGUAUAUUAGAUCGGAUUGGUAAAGAGAAUAAUUUAAAUAUGUAUAACCAAAUUAUAUCGAUUAUAAAUCAAGACUUGUCUAUUAUUGAGGAAUUUAAAUCAAGUCCUUUGACAUUUGAAGAGUAUAAUAAAGUUGCCACUAUAAUUAUGUCAUAUUCAUUUGAUGUUGAAGUGCCCAAAUCUAAACCAAACAAAGAGAUGACCGAAAAUGGAACAAACGAGGAAGAUGACGAAGAUGAUUAUGAAGAAGAGGAAGAUCAUGAAUAUUACAAAUCAAUGGUUCCAUUUGCUGAUACAUUAAACGCAGACACUCACUUGAAUAAUGCAAUCUUGAUUUAUUCUACUGAUCAAUUAAUCAUGACAUGUAUAAAAGUUAUUGCAAAAGGUGAACAAGUGUAUAAUACUUAUUCCGACCAUCCAAAUCUGGAACUUUUAAGACGAUAUGGAUAUGUUGAAUUGAAUGGAUCGAAAUAUGAUUUUGGUGAAAUACCAUUAUCAAUAAUAAAAACAGUUUUCAUUGAUCAAUUCAAUAAUUCAUCUACCAAUCAAAAUAGCACCAACAGCAAUUCAUUCAUGACAAAUCAAAAGUUUGAUGAAUUGUUAGAAUUUAUAAACAAAUUACAAAUCAAAAAAUCUAUUGAACAGGAUGGAUUAGACGAAGACGAAACUGAGGAAUUGAUUUUAGAUUCCUAUGAUUGUUUCAAUUCCGGAGAUGUUAUAAUUGAACUAAUAUUUUUAAUACAGAUAUUGUCCACAAUACUAGUAAUUUAUCAAGAUGAGCAACAACAACAGAAUCAAGAAAAAGACACUAGCAAAACAAAGGGAUUUGAAAUUGAUCAACUUUUGAUCAACAGGAUCUUUAAUAAAAUCUAUCAGUUGAUUGAACUGAAGAAAAUCACCACAAAAUGUUUUGAAAUUUAUCAAUAUAUAAUAAAUGCGAGAAUGAAUCAAUAUCCAGACGUGGCCAAAAAACCAUUCAAUGAUAAUGCUGGUACUAAUAGUGAGGAUAAAACUAUUAAUUCCAUAAGAAUUGACAUGGCUGAAGUAGUUUUGAAAUCAGAAUAUCAAUCAUUGGAAAAAUGCACUUCAUUAAUUAAAGAUUUCAAAAUAAUUAAUGAUUCUAAAUUGAAUAAGAAUAUUUUGAAAAAAAGAAAUAAUGAUACAAAUAGUGUUGACGUUGCUAAUAAUAAAAAAUCAAAGCAUUAG